CAAAACUCUACGGGAAACCCUGCAGUGCUUGCAUUAUCAGAAUUAUCAGCUGUCUUUAUUUCAUAUCGCAAAAUCCAUUAGAAUUUUAGUUUACUAGGGAUAGUGUAGGCUAGAGGUUUUAGUUAAGUGCUUAUUGAUUGAGCAAUUUGAAAAGUAUUAUUAGUUUUUAAAUUACUAAAGUAUCAUUACGCGAAAAAAUCUAAUAUUGGACUUUCUACACUUGUUUGUGACCUUUUUUGCAAUUGAGAAAUAUGGAGAGAAUAAUAUUAAAAAACGCACCUUCAUAUUGGAUUGAAGAUUAUAACGUAUCAAGCCAAUACCCUCUUACUAACUAUAAUUCACCUGAAUACAAGGAAAUUUUUGGAGAGGUGAUUAUGGCUACAGGUCUGAGGAAUUAUACUCGUAUUGAUAGAAAUCAAAAUAUUUACGAUUUGGGCCAGUUUUUCAUUAGAGAACAGCUUAAAAUCGCUUUAUGUAAUGGCUCCAAAACCUUUUACAGAGUAAGACGAUUUAUGAAAAUAAAAAAAAUGUAUCUACCCGUUGCUCUGCAAUUUAAUGCCGAUUAUAGAAGAUGUGGCUUGCCAAACCAGACAUUCAAAAGUAAACUUCAAAAUCUGGCACCAGAUGAAAUCAUUUUAGUUGUGCAAAUUAAUACAGAUUCGCCAACCAAUGAUAACAUUACCCCAGAUAAUAGCUCUGAUUAUUUUAUAGAAUAUAUAGUGUAUCCUCAUUAAAUCAUCCAUAUACAUAUAUGUUCUCUAAGUUCUGUUAGACUAAUCAAUACGUGUUAUCUGUUGUGUUGUUUAAAAACUACUGUAUCAUUUAUAUUUACUUACUGUAUCAUUUAUUUUUAAUAAUAACAUUUUUUAAAUUA